AUGCAGUCGCCAGUUCGAUAUCUCGAGCAACCAGACUACUUGUCGGAAACGGAGAACGAUGACAGCAGGCAGAGACUGAGAGCUGGGGGACUUUUUGAGUUUCAACAAGGAACCAUAGUUUUUCAAGAGCGGAGUUCGUCUCCUCUGGCUCGUCCAGCAUCGGCGAUGGCUCACACGGACUAUCGCAAGAGUUCGCGCAAGAGCUACGAGCCGUACGACGCAUACAGCAGUGACACGAGCAGUCAUGACUCACGAUCGGUGACAAGAAGCGGCUCAGCGACACCGGUGAUCGACCGGGAAUCGAGGAGAGCUCGAAUGGAGACGAUGGAGCGUCAGUUGGCUGGCUUGUCGAGCCUCGUUCAUUCAGCGUUGAUUCUCGCACUUCAUCCCGAUGCCGAACGAGCUGCCUCAGAAGAACCACCUUCAUUACCGGAUAGUCUCUCAUCUCAUACCCAACAUCAACUUGAUCAUCUUCGUCAAAAGGUGCAGCAGGCCGGUACGGAUAUGAAGCAGCUAAGACGAAUAGCUCAGGUUAAUGCGCAGAAUGCUCGAAAAUACAUCAGUGAAGCCGCUGAAGAAAUAAACCGAUUGGUCUCUCAGAAGAUAAUGGUUCCCGCGACAAAUAUC